UCAGUUUAUGUUUGCAUUCAGAGGGGUAUGGUUUGUUUGUUUACUCUCCCAUUUGUUUAUUCUUUCUGAGACGCUUUUGUCCUCUGAAAAAUUGUCAUUUUCCCCGGAAUUAUCCGUGCUAUUUCACCCAGUGAUUGUGCAAAAUUAUUUCCCAAAGUGUUUCAGUGAAUGUCCGAUUGGAAAAUUUGGUGGAAAGUGUCUGGGAAUCAGUGAAAUGUGCACAAGACCAUUUCCUGAGGGCAGUGUAUAGUGCCUUCCGAUGGAAAUGUCCGCUGAGGAGUGUGAGGAAGUCAGGGGGCUAUUGCAGCGCCACAGACUGGGACUCCUCAGGGAGCUCGAGGAGAGUCAAUUGGUGCCCGUGCUGGUCAAGAAGGGUGUCCUCAAUGUUGUGGACGAAGAAGUGAUCAAUGCUGAAGUGAAUGUGGACAGGAAGUGUGAUGGGGUAAUUGAGGCAAUUGCCAGGAAGGGAUUCCAUAAGUUCAAAGAAUUCUGUUACGCCGUGGAAACAGAGUGUCCACAGUUUAUUACGGAUAUUAUUAACGACCGUCUUAAUUACGAUACUGUGGCAAUUUCAACAGAAAGUCAAUCUCUAAAACAGGAUGAGAAUUCUCAGGACGGAUAUCCAUGCAAUAACCGAGACACUUUAGAGUCCCAACGUUCCACAAGUUACAGUGGCUCCAUUAGUCCAACUCUGGCAUCUGGAUCUCGAAGAUCAUCAGUCACAAAUUCAACUCAGCCCAUUGUGGCUAUGCCAGAAAAUUCUGGUACAUCCCAGGUCGAUCUCAAUGCAAUUGAGAAGGUUGAUGGGGGAGAAAAUGGGGGGCUCCUUAGGAGUUUAUCCGUACGGGAAAAGCCAGUUGCUAGUCCGGGUGCCAGGAAGAAGGAGAAGAGGCAUACAGUCGCCCUGCAUCAGGAUGGCUGUGCUACUUUUAGUGAGAGCCGAAGUGGCCGAAAGAGGAAAGAGAAACACAGACUGCGCCCAUAUCAUUCGAUGAAUGAAACCAUUGAGGUUCUUGCUGAUCCUGUGGUUGAAGAUGAUCCUCUGGGCGAAAGAUCAUCAUGGGAGUACCACACGGUUACUGUAACCCGAGUACCCGGCUAUGGCUUUGGAAUUGCCGUAUCUGGAGGGAGGGAUAACCCUCAUUUUGCCAACGGUGAUCCCUCAAUUGCUGUGAGUGACGUUCUCAAAGGAGGACCGGCCGAAGAGAGGCUUCAGGUCAAUGAUAGAAUUAUUUCCGUCAAUGGUGUAAGCCUGGAGAAUGUUGAGUAUGCCACAGCUGUUCAGGUGCUGAGGGAUAGUGGUAACACAGUUACCCUGGUGGUCAAGAGGAGAGUAGCAAAUCUCAAUCUCUUGGCUACUCCUUCAAAUCACCAGCAUUCCCACAGUUUAAGUUCAACAGGGCUUACAGGGCCCAAUUCCUCCUCUCAGCAGACCAUCAAGGUUUCCUUGUCCAAGAACAGCAAAAAGGAGGAUUUCGGAAUAACACUGGGAUGUCGACUGUUUAUUAAGGAAAUUUCAUCCAAGGCACGUGAUCAGCUGGCAGCCAAUGGAUAUCAUUUGCAGGAGGGUGACACAGUUACCCGGAUACACAAUACCAAUUGCAAUGAUUCAAUGAGCCUCAAGGAGGCCAAGAAGAUCAUCGAUGGCUGCAAAGAGCGCCUCAAUUUGGUGGUACUGAGGGAUGUUGCCAACAAUGCUGCCACAAGUUCGGGAAUGCAGAGUCCAGCAUAUUCCCAUACUGCUCAGAUCUCCAAUUGUAGCAACAUCGAUGAAGCCUUUCUGCCCGGAGGGGCUUCAUAUUCCGCCCAGAAUCUCUAUGUUCAGCCUCCAACUCGACCAGCUUUGGCAUCUCUGGCUGAUGACAAGAGCAAUCUCACUCCUAGAGGACGAUCGCGAGGACCUCUGAUGGAUGUGUCCCUGAGUCAGCUGGACCGGCCUAGUACACCACCAGCACAUUCUAGAUCUCGCAGUGGCGUGGAAGAACCCAUGAGGCCUCCACCUCCCCGAGCUGAUGACUUCUACAGCUCCAGGAGGCAACUGUAUGAGGAAGAUCCCCUACAGAGAGCCAAACCGUCAGGAGAACCACGCUUCAUUUCUUUCCAGAAGGAAGGAUCCGUCGGUAUCCGACUGACAGGAGGCAAUGAGGCAGGCAUCUUCGUGACAGCCGUUCAACCGGGCAGUCCGGCGUCUCUGCAGUGUCUGUUGCAGGGUCUAACGCCUGGCGACAAAAUCCUCAAAGUCAAUGACAUGGACAUGCAUGGAGUGACGCGAGAGGAGGCUGUUCUAUUCCUCCUGAGUCUUCAGGACAGGAUAGACCUGAUUGUGCAGCACUGUCGCGAGGAAUACGACACAGUCGUGGCGAGUCAACGUGGAGACUCCUUUCACAUCAAGACGCAUUUCCACUGCGAAACGCCUUCCAAGGGAGAGAUGUCCUUCCGUGCUGGAGAUGUUUUCCGUGUCAUUGAUACCCUCCACAAUGGCGUAGUGGGAUCAUGGCAAGUACUGCGAAUUGGUCGUGGGCAUCAGGAGAUGCAACGUGGUGUGAUUCCCAAUAAGUCAAGGGCUGAGGAACUGGCAACAGCGCAGUUCAAUGCUUCGAAGAAAGAAAUGAACGCUUCUGAAUCCAGAGGGAGCUUCUUCAAGCGUCGCCGAUCCACCCAUCGACGAUCGAAAAGCCUAUCAAGAGAAAAUUGGGAUGAUGUUGUCUUCUCGGAUGCCAUUUCGAAAUUCCCGGCCUAUGAAAGGGUAGUUCUGAGACAUCCGGGCUUUGUGCGUCCGGUUUGUUUGUUCGGACCGGUAGCCGAUAUUGCUCGGGAGCGUCUAAUCAAGGAUUUCCCGGACAAAUUCACUGCCCCUUUGCAGGAUGAUGGAGCCAAGAGUGGCUCGAGCAAGUGCGGUAUUGUUCGAUUGUCCAAUAUUCGGGACAUCAUGGACAGGGGGAAGCAUGCUCUGCUUGACAUUACACCAAAUGCCGUUGAUCGGCUCAAUUAUGCCCAGUUCUAUCCAAUUGUGAUCUUCCUGAAGGCCGAUUCGAAGCAUACCAUAAAACAAUUGCGCCAUGGAUUGCCCAAAUCUGCCCACAAAAGUUCCAAGAAACUCCUGGAGCAGUGUCAGAAGUUGGAGAAAGUCUGGGCACAUGCUUUUAGUACCACAAUCGCUCUCAAUGAUGCUGAAACGUGGUACAGGAAACUGAGAGAUGUGAUUGAUCAGCAACAGAGUGGAGCUGUGUGGAUGUCAGAAUCCAAGCCCGUUGAAUCCUUGUCCGAUGAUUUCCUAUUCCCAAUGACAACAUCCCGCCUGUCUUAUGCAUCGAGUCCCGAAUCUGACUUGGAAUUGAGUCCCGGGCCGUCGACUUCACUCUCACUGGGCAAUUUGCCGCAUCUCGUGAAAUCAAGCUCAGAUCCAUCGAUUGCCACUAACCAGGAUAAUUUGGAUAGGGAUAGAGAGAUGAAUUUGGGUGACGGAAUGCCACCGCCAUAUACGAAUCACUACGAUCACGCAUCUCCAACUGCCCGAAGACCCACUAUGGAGACCAAGUAUCCCUAUCCUCCGCAAAAUGUUGGUCAACCAGGUUUAGACAACAACCUAACGUAUGCCACAGCAUCUAGACCUCCUCCUCCUGUCCAAGGACAGAUAUACGGGGGAGCUCCAGAUCUGCCGCCGCGAGUGGACAGAGCCUCAAAGCCUCCGGGUGCUGUAGCAUCUCCGGAUAGGUCGGUACCUAAGAAUUCCAGCAUUCACAGUAUCUCGACGCUGAGUAGAUCGGCACAAGAACGACUUUUCACAACGCCGAAAAAUGAAGGAGAUCCUGCUGAUGAAUACGCAACGCGAAAUCAACUGUUGAAUGCUGUGGAUAAGAGACUCAAUGGCGGGAAUUCCCAGCAAGCGUCAUUAGAGAGACAGAGAGUAGCGGCUGGUGGAAAGAUCAAUAAUGGAUCAUAUGACAGUGUAUCUAGUUAUGAUUCCUACAACACAGCCCAAAUGGCCGCUCAAAACAUUCGCCUGGGACCGAAUGCCCCGGAUGAUCUCAAAUCCGUGCCCAAUGUCAAUGGACGGACUCCAUCAACGCCCGGAACUGAGUACCAGAGGAAUUCGGGGCAUGAGUUCUCACGGUCAACCGUCCACGAGCUAAGUAGGAGCCUUUCAUCGGGUGCCAAUGAUCUCAAUCGGCAGAGUAGUCCAGCCAGGAGUGGUUUCCACGGUGGUGAUCGCAACAUUCCCAGCGGCCAUGAUGGAGUCUUAACGCGUGCAGAACGACCUUCUGGAGUAUCUGUACCUCAGCGUCCUUCAAAUCUCGCUCUGGACGGAAGUCCCAGGAAACUUCCGUUUGAAACCAAGACAGACUACGGAAAGUACAGUCGCAAUAAUUCCGCCACUCAAGCUGACUACUCCAAGACCACAAAGACUGGCCCACCGGCCGCACAGCCUCCGCCUCCGGGAGUACCCUUCAAGCCUGUACCACCCCCAAAGCCUAAAAACUACCGACCACCUAUCCAGGGAGCCCAAUCUGGGAAUCAAUGGGAGAAUGGGGAAUCUGUUAUGCCUCGAUCACCCAAUGGAUACGGCUUCUACCCUACUCCUUCCCAUUUUCAUCACUCCGGACAGAAUCCUCCGACGUCGCCCAUGGGAUCUGGUCCUCCGCCAAUUCAUAGUGGUGGCUACAAUCAACAGUAUCCUGGUUCUAGUGGACACUUCAAUACUCCUCAGUCGCCCUAUGGACCUCGAGAAGGCAUGGGAAACAACGGAUUCGGUGGAAAUCAUCUCUACAACGGACAGUACAUGCAUAGAUCUCCUGGAUUCGGAAACCUUCCCCAUCAUCCUCCUGAGAGGAACACUCUAGAUUUGGCGGGCAGUCGUGAGCAACGUGGAUCAGCCUUUGAAUUGUACAGAAAACCACAAAUUAGCACAGCGAGUCAUCAUCACAAUCUCAGCACUGUGGAUUCCUACGUAAACGCCCUCAAUGAGCACCAUCUGUAUCAGCAACAGAUAGCCUAUAUGGCCCCUAAUACACCACCUCCACUCCCUCCCCCAGUAAAGCCUAAAAAGAAACUCCUCAGAUCCCCUCUGGCAGCCAUAAAGAAUGCCUUCCUGAAGACAACUCGUCCACUCAGGCGGCAAUCGAGUGUUGCUGCUGAGUGCGAGAAGAAGGCUAGAGCUGUACGUAGACAGCAUUCAAUGAUGGAGCCUAGAAUGUAUCAGAGACCUCCCAUUGAGUACGCCCCUUACUCAGUCGGAACCUAUCAGGACCUACAGUAUGAGGCUCUCUAUGAAAGAACCAGAGAGUGUCAACCUGAUCCUCUGUACGCCAACAGGGCAUUGAUUGACUUUGAACAGAGGAUGCCUCCUAGGGGGAUCCUGAGGAGGCAUAGUUUUGCAGAUAGGCCUGGAUCGGCUACGCCUUUCCGACGAAAUCGCUCAUUGAUGGUUCGGAGGGAGGUGCCGCAAAAUGAAGAAGAGGGUAUCUAUCAAAGCAGGGGAGGAGCUUUCAUGUUGGAGUCGAAUAGGAGUGGACUGGAAAAGAUGAAUUAUGGGUAUCCGAGGAGGAGAGACCUCCACAGGGAUCAUCUGUACCAGAGCAAGAAGGAAAUGCAGGAAAGGAUUCAGCAGGGUAGGGUAGAGAUGGAAAGGGCGACAUCUGAGCCACCUAGUGACUCAUCAUCGUCAGCUGCUGGAUCUAGGGAUACCAGUAUCUAUUCUACUCGUAGGGAGGUCAAAGAAAACGGUUUCCGAACGCGUGCCCAGCUAAGGGAACAUAUCUAUCAGACUCGUAGGGAAGCAAUGGAGUCAAUGGCAGAGCCAAUUUAUGUUUCUAGAAAGGAAGAAAGGUGUCAGGUGAUUCAUGAGGGAAUCGAUGAAGUCCCCGUUGGUGUCUUUGCCCAGAGAGAAGAAGCUGAGGGUGGAGAAUCGAUAUCAAAUGAAGAUGCUUCACACAGCACUGGUGGAUCUACUGUGGUAGCUCCCUUUGACAUCAAUAAUGACACUGUGGUGGCCAUGAGUCCUCGACCAGCCCCCAGAAAUUCCCAUUUGUCCAAUAUAAUCAAGAGAACAGCUCCAGAAAACAAGACACCAGCUCAGUACGCUAGUCGAACAUCCAUAGAAACCCAGUACACCUCACAGGUUAGCCUACCUUCCCUACCCAGUACUAUUGGGCCACCCAAUGCCUCCAGCACUCCCUACGAUAGCACUGGAUCCCUAGGAGCAGCUUCCAGGGCUAGACAGCCCACCACAACUCGAGGCGUAUUUGAUGAGAACGGUGGAACUCUCCUAGAUCCAGUGUGGAAUGUUUCUCUGGAGAUUCCCAAGGGCGCCAUUGGGAAGGGAAUUCGCCAAGAGAUCUACUUCACAGUGACUGAUCCCAGAAUGAGCGAGUGCGUCGGAGGACCUCCCCUUGACAUGGAACAUGGUGAAACAAUGCUGUCCCCUUUGGUGAUGUGCGGUCCUCAGGGCCUGGAAUUCCUGGUGCCAGUGACCCUAAACAUUCCCCAUUGCGCCGGAAAGACGGCGUCUCUGGGGCUAGCUCUCAAGGCUACGGACAGCGAGAAGCACCUCAACACCAACUGGGACAACAUCGAUCUGCCCACGACUACGGCCGCCCACACCGUCUCCGUCAAAGUGGACCAUUUUUAGGGGAUCACAGAGAUGCUUAAGGUGCCUUGCAUGCCCCCAUUUAUUGUCCAGGGAGUUUAGCUUUUUUUUUUUAAAUCAAUAAAUACUUGCUAAACUCCCUCACCAUGUAUUCUUUAUCAAUAUUUUAUCUAUAAAGGAAUUUAUUGUAGGUAUCCCGUUUAUAUCUGAAUAAUUUUAGUGUAAAAAGACCCCAAUAUUUUGACAUUUAUUCUAUCUGCUGAACGCGAUUUUUUGUAGGUUUGUACAGCCAAAGUUUGACGACAUUUCUUUUGUAAUUUUUCGCUCUAGCACUAGAAAUUUCUUUUCUAUAUUAUUAUUAUAUUGUAAUUUUUUUCUGUAUGUAUAAUUACUUUGAGCUGCCUGCUUAGGAAAGGCAAUUAUCGCCUAUUGUCCGAUUUAUAGAGUAUUAAGAGAUUAUAGGAGAUGAAAAAGAGAAAAUUUAUAAUUUACAAUAAAUGCAUUUUUACACUCUCAA